GCUUUAACUCCCUCGAAAGAUGGCCAAAUCGAAGAACCACACCAACCACAACCAAUCCCACAAGAACCACCGCAAUGGGAUCAAGCGGGCGGUGCCGCUCUUCCUGCACAACUCCAAGCGCGGUGGGUGGCUGCCCGCGCUCGUGAACAGCCGCCGCGUGCGGAAGAACAACCAGAAGGAGGCCAUCAAACGCCGCCGCGAGCGGAUUGCGCAAUUCCAGGCAAAGCAGAACUAAACGGAAUGUUUUUUUCUGUCCGAAUUCUUGCGUGGAAUCAGCAAAAAAAAAUGGAAACCUCCGCUAGGCUUGAUAAGAAGGCAGACGAAUGGAAGAGGAAGUGAUGCAAAGCAACACAUUUUUUAUUGUUAUUUACCAAAGCAUUCGACGAGUCGCACUUAGCCACUCCUAGAUCUACUUUGCU